CCAUUUCCUCUCCAGUAAUUCUUUUUUUGGAACAUGCUAUCCAUGGUUCCUUCCUCCCUUAUCAUUGCCGUUUCAGGAAAGCUUCUCUGCCUUGUGUGCUUGCCAUAAUUGCUUGGCCACAGAUUAGUUGUGUGCGCACACUGUCUACCUUAGCAUAGCACGUCACCUCGAUUCAUUUACUAGGCGCUUCAGAAUUGCCUCUGCCAAACAUCCUUCUUAAAUCCUACGGCUGUCCCCACAUAGUCCACGGGCGACUCAAUUAAGAACCAUGUCGACUGCCAAUACUGUAUCGCCGUUUCGCAUCUCGCACCAGGACCGCGACAACCUGGAUCGCAAUGAGGCGUUUCGCAUGAUGCGAGAACACCUCAGGCGACAGGAAUUGGGCAUGAAGGCCCCGAGCUUUUGCGCCUGCCACCGCAACUCCUGUCUUGCCCAGGAACAAGAGACAUUCCGUCUGCAUCGCGACAUUAUCCACACACUGCUCCUUCCCUUGUCUCUUCUGCAUCACGAAGCCUCGCGCAUCGCCGCCAAUGUCCUUCCCAGUCGCAAAGGAGCGGAAGCCGACCGGGCCUUCCGAGGAGAGGCACGGAGUGCCUAUGCCUGGUUACACUCGAUUUUGACCGAGGAACACGAUUGGUACUUGACGGAGCGUUGCCCGGCGUGCAUUGUCCUUCAUGUGAUGAAUUCCGAGCCCACCAUUCGCUUUAUCGCCGUGGCCUGUCUCUUGUCCGACCACUUGCAGGGGACAAAGAGACGGUUGCCGAGCUUCGAUUUCUGGCUCCGGUCAUUGGAAGCCGCCGUCCGGGAAGAUCCCUUCUGGGGCGAUGAUUUCUGGCCGGAUAUUGAAUACCGCGCGUAUGCGCUGACCGAUAGUGUCAAGGAGCUGGUAUUGCAGUGUCUGGAACUGCAAGCGGCGCUGGAUCGGCAAGACCUGCCGCCGUCAAUGUCGUACCACGCCGGCUUCCACUGUGACUCGUCACGACCGGCUGUUGUGGCCAAGUCGGCCAACUGCACGCCAGUCACAAUUACAAUGGGCGACGAACAAAAGCUGAUGGCCAAGGUCACCACCGGUCGCGGCAUGCAGUCACGUCGGACCGAUCGGCCUCAACGUUUCCACACUCGCCGCCACGCGGAUGCUCGCAGAAGAUCUGUGACGUCUUGAAAGUGCUACCUUGGUAUGGUGUGAUAAUCAAAGUUUCCGACCUUGGGACUUCUUGUUCACGAAUACGAGCGAUCCACCUAUCUUACCACAC